CGUUAUUAAUAUACAAAAGGGUAUACUACCUUAUUUUAUAAUGACUUAAUAUAGGAUAUCAUUACAGUUCCUCAUGUUUUUCAUUUCAGCAUCACCCUGGCACAGAAGUUCACAUUAUUGACAUGCUUCAUGGAUGGAAAUCCCUGGCACCCCUAUGGUACCAAGUGAAAAGUUUCUACUCUCAAAUGCAGCCUAUUAUGAACACUUCUCAAGAUGGUAUUAUACUAAUAGGCUACUCCCAGGGAGGCAUUAUCAGCCGUGGAAUUAUAGAGUCCAUGGAACAUAAUAUUACUACCUUUAUAUCUUUAUCAUCACCCCAGGCUGGCCAAUAUGGAGAUGACUUUCUGAAACUUAUCUUCCCUCAAUACGUAAAGGAGACAGCUUAUGAAGUGUUCUAUUCAAGGGUUGGCCAGAGAAUAUCUGUGGCUAACUAUUGGAAUGAUCCUCACCAUCAAACACUUUAUUAUAAAUAUUCAAACUAUUUGCCUUACCUCAACAAUGAGUUAAAUGAUACCUACAAAAAGGAUUACCGUCAGAAUUUCAUGAAACUUGAGAAACUUGUUUUAAUUGGUGGACCAGAUGAUGGGGUUAUUACCCCGUGGCAAUCCAGUCAUUUCGGAUAUUUUGAUAAAGAAGAAAAUGUGACAGAGAUGAGAGAUCAACUUUUUUAUCAAAAUGAUUUGUUUGGCCUACGUACUCUGGAUAAAGCUGGGAAGAUUAAAUUGUAUGAAGUUGAAGGAGUGUAUCAUACAGAUUGGCAUCACAAUAUAUCUGUCAUUAAGAACUGUAUACUGCCAUGGUUAGAUUAGCUCUUUUUUUCAAUGCCAUCCAUGAUUUUGCUUGUUAUAAUUUGAAAAUUUUUAGCAUAAAUGUAGUCUGUAUUUAUAGUGCAGAAGAAACAUGUAAUUAUUGUACAUGAUGGUAGGAUUGCUGGUUUUUUUUUUUCUGUCUUAUAAACAUGCAUGAAAACAGGCAUAUCUUGUUACUUCUACUUACACUUAGGUCACUCUACACAUGUAUGUACAUGCAUAUACAGUGUGGUACCCCGAGUUUCAGGUUUAAUUCGUUCCAGAAGGCUGUUUGAGUGCUGUUACCGAACGAAUUUGUUCCCAUUAGGAAUAAUGUAAAUUAGAUUAGUCCGUUUCAGACCCCCAAAAAUACACUUACAAAAGCACUUACAAUAAUACACUUACACAAUUGUUCGAAUUGGGAGCUGUACAAAACUCAGGGUACCACUGUACAGUGGACCCCCGGUUAACGAACUUUUUUCAUUCCAGUAGUAUGUUCAGGUGCCAGUACUGACCGAAUUUUUUCCCAUAAGGAAUAUUGUGAAGUAGAUUAGUCCAUUUCAGACCCCCAAACAUACACGUACAAACGCACUUACAUAAAUACACUUACAUAAUUGGUCGCAUUUGGAGGUGAUCGUUAAGCGGGGGUCCACUGUAUAUGUACAUACCCAUCUGGGUUUUCUUCUAUUUUCUUAAUAGUUCUUGUUCUUCUUUAUUUCUUCUUAUCUCCAUGGGGAAGUGGAACAGAAUUCUUCCUCCAUAAGCCAUGCGUGUCGUAAGAGGCAACUAAAAUGCCAGAAGGAAGGGGCUAGUAACCCCUUCUCCUGUAUAAAUUACUAAACUGCAAAAAGAAACAUAUGUUUUUCUUCUUAUAUCACCCUGCCUCAGUGGGAUAUGGCCAGUUUGUCGAACUCUUUUUUAUGGUGAAUUUAUAUUAGCUGGGUAAUUCAUUUUAUGAAAAAUAAAUAACAAAAAGGCACAAUACCAUGACUGGAACAAUACACAGAUAACCUGCACAUAGGAAAGGGGAGCUUACUACGACAUUUCGGUCUGACUUAAACCAUUUACAAAGUCACACUAACAAAGGAGAGAAGGAAUGAGUACAUAUAGGCCAACAGAUAGGGAUGGAACAAGAGAGGUAGUAGGAAAGUAAGAAGAAAGGUAGUGGUUGAGGUAGUAGUAGUAGAGUCAGUUGAAGACAAAGAAAGAGGAGCUGCCUUGGUUAGCUCAGUGGGUUAGCUCAGUUACUAGGUGAGUACUGCUAAGGGGCUAAGGACCCACAAAGGGUAGGAACAGAAACAGAGGGGGGAAAAAAUACAAUAAUGGACUAAACACCCAAGGCACAAGAAAUAAAACCCAAAGGAGAAAGAGGAAGAGGAAAGGGGAAGAGGGAGAAUGAGAAAAAAUAAUCAGGGUAAGUCACAGGUGUUCUGAAGUUUGAAGCAUUUUAUCAUGUUAUGGGAAAGGAAGGCAUCUACAGAGACAAAGCCAGGACUAAGCAUACAAGGAAAGUUGUAUAUAAGGGAGGAUUCAACCAGACUGUGACUGUGAAAGUUAGAAAUAUGGUAGACAGUUUUAGCAGAAGACCAGUCAAUAGGAUGACUGUGAUAUCUGACAUGACAGAAAAGAGCAUUGUUGGUGUCGGCAAGCCUAACACCACUUUUAUGCUCCCUGAGUCUGUCAGAAAGAGAACGGCCAGUUUUUCCAAAGUACUGAAGAGGACAAGAGGAACAGGAAAUAGAGUAGACACCAGGAGCAUCUAGAGAGAGGAGAGGUAUGAACUCAAUUGGUGCGAAGAAUGUUAGUCUUAACCUGAUUCUUUUCUCUCCUUCUCUCUCUUCCCCUUUCCUCUUCCUCUUUCUCCUUUGGGCUUUCUUUCUUCUGCCAUGGGUGUUUGGUCCAUUAUUAUAUUUUUCCCCUCUGUAUUUUUGUUCGUAUUCUUUGUGGCCUCCUAGCUCCCUUGCAGUGCUCCUAUUUCUUUGUUUUCGACCGACUCCACAGCUACAACCUCUACCACUACCUCUCUUCUUACUUUCCUACUACCUCUCUUGUCACUUCCCUAUCUGCUGGCCUAUAUAUACAGUGGACCCCCGGUUAACAAUAUUUUUUCACUCCAGAAGUAUGUUCAGGUGCCAGUACUGACCGAAUUUGUUCCCAUAAGAAAUAUUGUGAAGUAGAUUAGUCCAUUUCAAACCCCCAAACAUACACGUACAAACGCACUUACAUAAAUACACUUACAUAAUUGGUCGCAUUCGGAGGUAAUCGUUAUGCGGGGGUCCACUGUACUCCCUCCUUCUCGCCUUUCUGUUAGUAUGACUUUGUAAAUGGUCCAAGUUGAACCGAAACAUUGUCGUAAGUUCCCCUCUCCUAUGUACAGGUUAUUUGUGUAUCAUUUCAUGAAAUGCAGUGAUUAUAUUUACUGUAAUUCCAUUAAAGGACAAGUUAAUAAAUUGAAGGAAUAUCAGUUAAUUAAUGUUCAUUGUAGGCUUACAGUAUUUUGUUGAUUGAAUGUCUGGAUGUUGCAGGUGUAUGCAACACCCAGACAUAAUUAUUGUUCAAUUACUUGUUAAAUUAUAAUAUAUUGUUCAGAAUUUCAGGUAAAUAUUGAUAUAGUUAUGUUUAUUGAAUAAUAUCAUAAUUUCUGUAUAAAAUGGUAUACUAUAUAUGUAUACUCUAUCAAAGCAUUUAUUAUACAUCUUUUAUUCUGAUGAACAGAAUUUUAGUUUGUUUAUUUAGGUGUAUUUAUGAACAUAAUCCUCCCACCUUGCAUUCCAGAUUUAUACACCCUCUUCAUCAUCUUAUCCCUCUCCAUCCUCUCUACAUGCACAAACCACUACAACAACCCCUUCUCAGCUCUUUGAAUUACAUACCCUUAGUGACCUCACAUUCUUUUAAUUUCUAUGCUUCAAAUUCUCUGGAUGUUAUUCACACCUCACAUUGCUCUCAAAUGUGACAUGUCUACUGCCUCUAGCCAUGAAAGAUUUUAUAAAAUAUAAUUUAUGGUAGCAUUAAUAAUGACAAUAAACAUAAACACAUCCAUGUACAGUUAAUAUUUUCAUAAAUAAAAUGAGGUGCACGAGCACAUAAGGCACACCCCAAUUUUGGCAAGCAUAUUCUGGGAAAAAAAUAAAAAUGCAGUACUAGUUAGGCCUAAUGAGUUGAAGGUGAACAGUAGGUAGAUGCUGGUCAGCAUCAUCACUAACACUAGGCACCAUUACCACUGGCAUAAACAAAUAAUGUAUAGCAGUUAUGGCAGUGCAAAUGGUGAUAUCAUCAGAGGGGUAAGGUAAGUAUCAGAAUAUUCAAGAUAAAAUUUUUAGAACAUUCAGUUAUACAGCAGCACGUACAAACAUACGUGCUGCUGUAUAACUGAAUGUAAGUUAAUCAGUUUUAUGGAGAAAAUCUGUUUUACUCCAACAAGCUUGCGUAGCCCGUCAUAAUAAUAAUAAUAAUAAUAAUCAUAAUCUUUAUUUUUACAAGUACAUGUAUAAGGUAUACAGGCCUAGCUAACAUUAUUGUCAUACUACUAUAUAGAAAGCCCCUUGUUAUAGAAAUAAGUAAAGGACCCCAAUGGAAAUAAGUCACUCGGUCUGACUUUUUUGGGUUAUCCUAAGUUCUCUACACAUAUGCUGCUAUGUAUGAUAAUCUGUGUAACUGUAUUUGUGUAUACCUGAAUAAACUUACUUACUGCAGAGCAUUUCAGGCAAAUUAGAUCAACUUUGUCCCAGGAUGUGACCCACACCAGUCUACUAACACCUAGGUACCCACUUUACUAAUGGGCGAACAUUGGACAGUAGAUAUCUUAAGGAAACACAUCCUAAUGUUUCCAACCAUACCGGGGCGUGACCCCUGGACCUCAGCUUCUGAGCUGAGUUUGCUAGCAAUUGAGCUAUGGGACACAUACUCGGGACAUCUGCUCCAUUGCCACUAAACACCAAAACAAUUAUUGCUACUUGGUUUUUGUAGAUGGUAUAGGUAAUAUAUAAAUUAUUGUAUAAUUUAUAAUGGUUUCUAAUCAUUUUCAAUUAAUCUGAGAAACAGUUUUGUAGAGGUGUGUUUAGAGAUAAGUUUCCCGGCUCCUCAGAACUGAAAUCACCACUUGCCAGUAACUCAAAGUCUAGCCUUGUUCUUGACCGUGAACAGAUAAGGUGUAGAGUGAUUUUGUGAGACAUUUUAUUUGUGUGUGUGGGGAGGAAGCAUGCCAUUUGUUCUGGAAAAUACAGUAAGUACCAAAAUAUGUACUAUAUGAGCUCCAAACAAACAGUUUGACUGAUCAAAUGUCAAGUAGAAAAUGUGGUACUAUGCAAAAGUAAUUUGAAAGGCACAGUACCAUUAAGCAAAGCAUAAUUUUAUAAUCUAUAAAAAGCAGUUUUCCUUACUGAAACAAGCAUAUACUGUAUAUGCAAUGAAUUGUUAAUACAAAGAUACAUUUAUAUUAAUUUUAGCAAGAAAUGUGCCAUUGUAUUGUAUUUUAGUUUAUAGAAUUAGUAACUUUACAUUAGUUUCUUUACCAUUUAUAAAGUUUUAAUAAUUACAGUAUUUAUCUAGGACAAGGGCUGGAAUACUGUAUUGGAAUACUGAUUUUUUUUGUAAGAUUGAUUCUAAGUGUUAUGAGGGUUUAAAAAUGCAUUUGCAUUAAUCAUUUCAGUCUAGGUGAUGCAAGGAAAUUUCAGACUUUACAUUUAAUUAUAUUUCUGUAUUUUAUACUAUAUAAUAAAAAAUAAAGGUAAUAUAAUGCAAGUGAAUUUCAGACUUGAGAUUUAAUUACAGUAGGGCCCCACUUAUAUGGCAGGUUAGGUUCCAGCUUUCCACCAGAAAGCAGAAUGCCAUUUUUUCACUUAUAAAUGCAUAUAAAUGCCACAUAACAAAUUUACACUAACAUAUAUUAAGUUUGCAAUAGAACUAGGCAUUAAAAACAAUAAAAGUAAAAUACACA